CUAACCUUAGCCCACAUAGUCACACUCACAAACACAUACAGAGACACACACACACUCUUAUCAGCAGUUAUACCUAGAACAGUCAGCAGCAGUGAAACCUCUCAUUUUUCUCCCACUGAGGAAGCCUGCUGGACAUUUGGAAUCUGGACACUGGACUUACUAUACAGACACCAUGAGACUGGUUCUUCCCAACCCGGGGCUUGACGAGAGGAUUCCCACUUAUGAAGACCUGGAAAGGUUGGAGAAAGAGACUGCUGCAGACAGGCCCAAAUGGGACAACAAAACCCAGUAUCUGCUCACCUGUGUGGGCUUCUGUGUGGGACUGGGCAAUGUCUGGAGGUUCCCUUACCUGUGUCAGAGCCAUGGGGGAGGUGCGUUUAUCAUCCCCUUUAUCAUCCUGCUCGUCCUGGAGGGUGUACCCCUAUUACAUCUAGAGUUUGCCAUUGGCCAACGCCUGAGAAAAGGCAGUGUGGGGGCUUGGACUGCAAUUAACCCCUACUUGGCUGGAGUUGGUAUUGCAUCCAUGACUGUCUCAUUCUUGGUGGGAAUGUACUACAACACCAUCAUUGCCUGGGUGAUGUGGUACUUCUUCAACUCCUUCCAAGACCCCCUGCCAUGGAGCCAGUGUCCUCUCAAUAAAAACCUAACAGCUUUAGUGUCAGAAUGUGAACGCAGCAGUCCAGUGGACUACUUCUGGUACAGAGAGACACUGAACACUUCAGACACUAUCGAUGAGUCUGGAGGUCUGCAGUGGUGGAUUGUGAUAUGUUUGGUUACUGCAUGGAGUGUGCUCUACAUCUGCUGCAUCAGAGGGAUUGAGACCACAGGCAAGGCGGUUUACAUCACCUCCACCCUGCCGUACCUGGUCCUCACAAUCUUCCUCAUCAGAGGGUUAACUCUGAAAGGGUCUGUAGAUGGAAUCAAGUUCCUCUUCACACCAGAUCUCGACGAGUUGAUUAACCCAUCCACAUGGCUGGACGCAGGGGCUCAGGUUUUCUACUCGUUCUCGCUGGCCUUUGGAGGCCUGAUCUCAUUCUCCAGUUACAACCCUAUUCACAACAACUGUGAACAAGAUGCAGUCAUCAUCGCCCUGGUUAAUGGCUUUACUUCUGUCUUUGCUGCCACUGUCAUAUACUCCAUCAUUGGCUUCCGUGCGACAGAACAGUUUGAUGCCUGCCUAAAUGGAAACAUCCUGGCACUGCUGAAUGCAUUUGAUCAAGCUGAGGGGACCAUAACAGAAAGUAACUACAAUGAAAUGCUGCAACACCUCAACAGCACAGUUUCAGGGUCAGAGAUCAUUACAGGGCUGGGCCUCAACAACUGCAGUCUUCAGACCUUUCUCAGUGAAGGAGUGGAGGGAACAGGUCUGGCCUUCAUCGUGUUCACAGAGGCCAUCACAAAGAUGCCCUUCUCUCCUCUCUGGUCUGUCCUCUUUUUCAUCAUGCUUUUCUGCCUCGGGCUCUCCACCAUGUUUGGAGCUAUAGAGGGAGUUGUGGUUCCUCUGCAGGACCUACAGAUCUUUCCGAAGAAGUGUCCUAAAGAAGUAGUAACAGGAAUUGUUUGCUUGGUAUCAUUCUUGAUCGCCCUCAUAUUCAGUCUGCAGUCCGGCAAUUACUGGUUAGCGCUCUUUGACAGCUUUGCAGGCUCCAUCCCUCUGCUCAUUAUUGCCUUUUGUGAGAUGACUGGUGUGGUCUACCUGUAUGGAGUGGACAGGUUUAACGAGGAUAUCGAGUUCAUGAUUGGACACAAACCCAACAUCUUCUGGCAGGCCACAUGGAGAGUCAUCAGCCCUUUAAUUGUCUUGGUCAUCUUUGUGUUUUAUUUCGUCACCAAAGUCAGUGCCAAACUGACAUAUAUCACCUGGAAUCCAAACUCGGCAAACUUCCCUGCACUGGAAGCAUUACCAUACCCCAGCUGGGUCUAUGUCAUUAUCUUCAUCCUGGCUGGAGUCCCCAGUCUUAUGAUCCCUGUGGUGGCUUUGUUCAAAUUAUUCCAGAGAUGCUGCUGCAAGAAAAACAAUUUUAACAUGACCUAAACAUUAAAUCUGCGAUGAUGUACUGAAAACAACAUGUUUUACUUGGCUGUGCAUCAUGGCAGGUGCGCACUCACAAUCCUCUCAUCUUACGUUGUCAAAAACAUUGUAUAUGUAUGCUAAUCUAUUCAGGAUGUUGCAAAUAAACCUUAAUUUUGGUGUGUACUCUAAUAACACAUGGGCGAGUGCAAUACAUGCAAUUUAUUAUUUCAUUGCUUUAAACUUGCUUUAAGUUUUGAGUAUUUUGUUUGUGUGCAUAUCAAAUUGAAUUUUCUACAUGGUUAUUGUUGUUUCUUUGAUUAGAAGCUAAAUAAACUGCUGUUGCAACUUAUUUUCACUCACA